GGGCCGGGCGCAGGGCUGUGGGCCGGCGAGGGGUGAGCCGCUGCUGCUGGAGGGUAGCGCGGGAACCUGAGGCCUUGCAGCCAUGUCUGAGCUCAGCGAUGAAGCCAGCGAGCCGGAGCUCCUGAACCGCAGCUUGUCCAUGUGGCAUGGGCUUGGUGCACAGGUCAGCCGAGAGGAGCUGGAUGUCCCCUUGGAUCUUCACACAGCUGCCUCCAUUGGCCAGUAUGAGGUGGUGAAGGAAUGUGUGCAGCGGAGAGAGUUAGACUUGAAUAAGAAGAAUGGUGGUGGCUGGACAGCGCUGAUGUAUGCCUCCUACAUUGGACACGAUACCAUUGUUCACUUGCUGCUUGAGGCAGGCGUGAGUGUGAAUGUGCCAACCCCGGAAGGACAGACUCCACUGAUGCUGGCCUCCAGCUGUGGCAACGAGAGCAUUGCCUACUUUCUGCUCCAGCAAGGUGCAGAGCUUGAGAUGAAAGACAUCCAGGGCUGGACUGCACUCUUCCACUGUACCAGUGCCGGCCACCAACAGAUGGUCAAGUUUCUUCUGGAGAGUGGAGCCAAUGCCAACGUGAGGGAGCCCGUAUAUGGAUUCACUCCUUUGAUGGAAGCAGCUGCCUCUGGCCAUGAGAUAAUUGUGCAGUAUUUUCUGAAUCAUGGAGUCAAAGUGGACACAAGAGACCACAGUGGAGCCACAGCCCGCAUGUUAGCCAGGCAGUAUGGUCACAUGAAGAUUGUAGCCUUGAUGGAAACUCACUCACCUGUACUGCCCAAGAGCCUCUACCGUACCCCAGAAAAAUAUGAAGAUCUGAGCUCUUCAGAUGAGUCCUGGCCUGUUCCUCAGCGCCAGAGGCCUUGCCGAAAAAAGGGCCUGAGUAUCCAUGAGGGGCCACGUGCCCUGGCCAAGAUCACUGCUAUUGGACUCGGAGGCAAGACUCAGACCACCUACGAGCAAGUUCCUCCACGGGGCUAUGUGACCUUCACCAGCAGUGAUGAGAAUACCAUGGAAAGCGAGGGCCUCUGCUACCGAGAUGUCACUUCCCCCAUCAAUGAACGGGAUGUGGAGAGCAGUAGCAGCAGCAGCCGGGAGGAACCCACUUUCUGUGCCAGUCUUGGGCCCGUGUGGAGGAGCAGCAGCAGUGAUGGCCUAGCAAGAGCCCAGGGUCUCAGCAGUGAAGCCUCCAUAGAGAGCAAUGAGGAUUCUGAUCAUGCCCGGAAAAGCUCUGUUCGAAAACAAACCAGGAGUUAUUUGAAGAAUAAGAGUCGUCACGGCAACAGUGAUGGUCAUUGGCCUUCCAGCACAGGGACUGCUUCCACUCCAGGGUCUGAACCCCAAACUGAGAAGUCUCCUUACUCAGGACCCCAGGACCUUGCCACACUGCUGGAACAGAUCGGGUGUCUGAAGUACCUGCAAGUGUUUGAGGAGCAGGACAUAGACCUGCGUAUCUUUCUGACUCUCACUGAAAGCGACUUGAAGGAAAUUGGCAUCACGUUGUUUGGGCCCAAAAGGAAAAUGACCUCUGCCAUUGCCCGCUGGCACAGCAAUGCCCGACCACCUAGUGAUGCCCUAGAGCUGGCCUAUGCUGACCGGCUGGAGACUGAGAUGCAGGAGCUUGCCAUUCAGUUGCACAAAUGCUGUGAGGAGGCAGAGGCUCUGCGUGGCCAGGUAUCCCAGGAGCAGGAAUUGCGGGCUGUAGUAGAAAGCUGCCUCCUGGAGCAGGAUAGUGCCCGAAAGGACAUCCAUGCCCAGCUGCAGGAGGCGCAAACCCUGGCCCACGAUGCUGCCCUUGUCCUGGACCAGCUGCGGGCCUGUCAAGCUGAGCUGUCAGCUCGAGUGUGGCAGCACCACUCCCCCAGGGAAGGUACCCCAAACCCACGCUCUCUCUCAGCAGAUUCCAAAGGCUGGCCUAUUCCCCUGCAGGCCUUGAGCCUCCCCGAGUUGUCAGGAGCCCUGGAAGACCGUGUCCAUGAGAUGGGCAUUAUGCUCUGUAGCACAGAGCUUGGAGAAACUACAGAUGCUGAAUGGAAAGAAAUGGCGGGAACCGUAGCCAGGAGGGACGGUGAGAGUAUCCACUGCGCGCUCAUGGAUGCCUUGGACAGUCACUUAGCCUCCUUGUCCCUUCUUACCAGGUGCUCUCUCUUAAACAAAUUUAUUCAGAUUCUGACGUUGGGUGAUGAAUCCACCCUGAAGUUAUGUGCCACGCAAGACAGGGCAGUGAGCAGAUGGCUGCGGCAGCCCAGGGAAUAGAAGACCAUCCCAGGGAGCAGCUUAUGGACAGGAGGACAGGACUUCAGUCCCCACUAGGGCAGCUUGGGCCAGCCCUGAGACAGGAUGAAGAGCUUAGCACCCAGAUCCUGGUGGAGAGGCCCACACUGGUAGGCAGCUUUGGCCCAGACCAGGCAGGGCUGGAGAGGUUGUGUCCUGCACGUGCAGGUGCCACACUGAGGUCUGAUAUUACAGGCAGGGUCUGGGGUGCCUAGAAAAUGUACUCUUUGAAAAUAAAAAUUAGAUGCAA